GUCAUUACGAAAUAACUUCCGGUCAGCUGAUAGUGUGUCAUCGGUGUUUGCAAACAAAUCUACUGUGGCUUCGUGCUUGCACCGUCCACUGACACCCCACACCGCCGCGGUCAUGGGAGAGAAUGAUGAAAGCGAAAUAAUCGAGCACCACGAUGACGAGGAGAUGGAGAAGAUGCGGACGCCGAGGAAUCAUUCGCAAUCCUUUCUGGAGAGCGUCGCGUCGUCGGAGAAGGACGGAUACAGUAGCACGCAGUCAUCACACCGCCUGCUCGCCUACAGCGAUGCGCUCAUCUCCAUCAUCGCCACUGUAAUGAUAUUGCCUGUUGCGCAUACAAAAUUUCAGGAUAAUGAGGAACUGAAACUGAGUAUUCAGGCUUUGCUCACCACCAAGGUUGCUGUCUACUUGAUGACUUUUUUGAUUGUCACUGUUGCUUGGGCUGCACAUAUCCGGUUGUUUCAAGUCAUUGAGCGUAUUGACGACACUCUUGCACUGCUUAAUCUGGCAUGUAUGAUGCUUAUAACCUUUCUACCAUACACAUUCUCUCUCAUGGCAACAUUCCCUAAUAAUACCCUCGGCAUCCUCCUCUUCUGUGCUUGUGUCAUGGUGAUUGGUUUAAUUCAGGCCUUGAUUGUCUUGUAUGGAUUCAGCCAUCCUUUCCUUCUCAAUGAUCAGAUCCAAAUGUCUGAGAAUCAGGCUUAUUAUAAGAGACGGAUACUUGAAGUCAUCAUGAGGGUUCCUAUCAUGUGCCUGUUUGCCAGCGUCUUUUCAGCCAUCUUUAUCCAAGUGUCCUACAUUAUUUUGGCUAUUGUCAUAUUCCUGCCAUACAUCGCUCAGUGUUUAAAAUGGAUCCAGAGUAAAGCCAUCGGUGGUCAGGUGGAAGACAGCCCAGAUUCAGUGCCCUUCUACACCUACCAUCCCAGUGAACCUUUGAGUAAAGAGCGAGUGGAGGCCUUCAGUGAUGGGGUGUAUGCAAUCGUAGCCACACUGCUCAUCUUAGACAUUUGUGAAGACAACGUGCCUGAUCCGUCUGUGGUGAAGAAGGAGUUUGACAACAACCUUGUCGCUGCGCUUCAGGAGUACGGUCCCGAGUACCUGGCCUACUUCGGUUCCUUCGCCACCAUUGGCCUGCUUUGGUUCGUUCAUCACUCUCUCUUCCUGCAUGUGACAAAGGCCACGCGCCUCAUGGGCCUCUUCAACACGUUCUCCCUGGCCUUCGUGGGCGGCCUGCCGCUCGCCUACCAGCUCACGCAUGAAUUUCCCAGAGGCUCCCGCAAUGAGCUGGAGGCCGUGCAGAUCAGCUGCGUCAUCAUCUUCUUCGCCGGUCUGUUCCAGCUAGCCAUGUGGGUAACGGCACUUUUCACGGAACGCGAGACUUUGCACCCGUAUGUGCGCUACGGUGGACGAGAGCACGCCUUUAUGUUGGCCAAGCUCUCGCUCUACCCCUGCGUGGCCCUCGGGACCUUCGUUUUCACCUGCGUCCUGAGCCGCUUCAGCACGUCCAUCUUUCACAUGAUGGAGAUUGGCGUACCGUUUGCUUUUCUUGUACUGAGGCUGCUGGUCCGUGUGGCGCUGGUGCUGCUCAGGUGGCUCUUCUGUCCUGCGAGGAACGAUUUGGACAGUGUUCCAGUAGAGGAAGAGGACUCCCAGCUGCCCAUUAAUGAUAUAGUGACUUAGCAGUGAACGAAGAAGAAAACGCCUCAAUGUUUAACCUAAAAUUAAGGUUAGGCUAGAUUCUCGGCGCUUUUGUUUAUAAUUAAUACUGCAGCUGAUAGCUUUGUGCUGUAGAAGACGUCCAUAUCGGUCAAAUCUCUCAUUUAGUUUAAUAGACUGUGGGACUGAUUGAUGAGGUCUUCAUCAUGAUGAGUCUUCAGUGUCAUAGCAGUGGUCCGAGGAGAGCCCAAGAGCUUUUUUUCUCCUUACAGAAAUGCACAAAAAUGUUUUUAAGCCUUGGAUUUAUUAGCAUGUUAAAACGAUGUCUCAGUGUUUUUAUGUUUAUAUUUUAAUGUGAAUUAAAUUACACAGAGGUUUUCACUUCAUUCAAUCAGUAAGAACUACAAAAGUGUUUUAGGUUAUGUUCAGUUAUGUGGGUUUUAGUAUUACAAUUAUAUUCUUGGUAUUUUUUUAUUUUAAUUAAUUAUUUUGCACUUUUAUGUUAUUCGUGCUUUUGAUCUGGAGCUGCAAUUCAGGUCUUUAUACAUUCUAUUGGAGGAAAUCUUUCAUGUAACCGCAGAAACGUCCAAAACCACAUGCAUUAGGUGAAUGCUCUGUCAAUGUGCUUGUAUAAAUCUACUCUUCAUUUCACCUGACAAUGAAACUAGUGAUGCACCUUAGAAUAAAUAAUGAAGUCACUGUUGCACUUACACUCUGAUCUGAAUGGAGCAUGUCGAGAUAAUGAUAAAAUGCAUAAGCCAUUAUAAGAGGUGUUUUGUUUUCGUGGCAUUUGAGAUUGUUUUGUUAGUAUUUCAUCUAAAUGUUAUUACCAUACUGACUAUAAGAUGUUGUAUGUAAAGUGCACUUGUCAAACAUUUUAAUUUCUUGAUUUUUUUAUUACCCUCACAUUAUCAAGUCUGUUAGGAUUCUGCUUUGGUUUUGGGAACCACUGUAGCUGUGUCAGUCCAAAUGUUACUGUUUAACUACAAACAAAGAUACACUUUUGAGAAUAAACUCAAGUGCUGCUUGCAGAAGUACUGCAAUUUUGGUGGAAGACUGAAAUCAUGUAAUGAAUGUGACCACACUGAGCGUAAGUCAGAAGUGAAGUUUAUUCACCAAGUGUAGCAUUGCAAUAAUAACAAUAAUGAUAAUAAUAAUUCUUACUUUUUUUCCCCAGUAUUGCCCAUAACUUAUUACUUUCUUUGUCUUCUGGUAAAUAUUUACUACUGAACAUUUUUAAUAAAAAAAAAAAAAAAAUCUGAAAAUCAUCAAA